UGUAAAUUUCUCAUUGGACAAUGCUCCAUGGUUGGGUAGACCAAUUGAAGUUGAUAGCAAUCAAAUAGAGACAUUAAUUGAGAACAAUCAGCGUUAUACCACACAGGAGGUAGCCAACAUACUCAAAAUAUCCAAAUCAACAGUUACUGGUGAAAAUGAAAAAUGUGUAUUUUAUUUUACAGGAAAAAACUAAAUAGACCUUUUGGCCAACUCCAAUACCUCCUGAUAUGCCUUCCUUAUAGAUUCUAAGCUCAGUGAGGCCUGUGAGUUUUUUCUGUAAUACUUUAUGGUUUGGUACAUUGUGGAUAAUCCAGAAAUACUUGUUGAAGAAAGGGGAUUGUGAGGCUGAGGGUGGGCUAUUCCAGGCAGAGGGAAUAAUGUGUAUAAAGACAUAAAGAUGAGAAACUGUUUCAGUGGUGGAGUGUAACGUGCGUGCUGGGGCAUAUAAGGAGAAAGGCUGGUGGGGCGAUGGGGACAGUGUGGAGGACCUUCUGUGUCACCUUAAAGAGUUUGCACUUGAUCCUGUAGGCAAAUAGAGGCCUCCAAGACAUAGCUCAAAAGGCGUCUCAGCAAGAGCUGCCUAUUUUUCUCCUCCAAAGCUGUUACUUCUCCUUAUUAAUUCUGAGGACAGGAGGAGUUAAUGCAUACUGUGCUCUCUCUCCAGAGCACAUAACUAAGGAUUUUCAGAAUGGCUGCAGCUCCUCAGGCACCAGGGAGGGGCUCUGUUCGGAAGACAAGACCUGUAACUGUAAAGACAUCACUGAACAACCCGUACACUAUCUGCUGGAGUGCUCUGGAAAGAGAGGAUAUGCACUUCAUCUUACAAACACUUGAAGACAGAUUUAAAUCUAUUGGGCUUGAGAAGAUUGAGGAUAAGAAAAGAAGUAAAAAGCAGCCUUUUUUAAAGAAACAAGGCAGAGAGAAACAUAGCAUAGAUGUUGAUAUGAGUGAGGCUCUGGAGGAAAAACCAGAAGAUAACCAACAAGUGUCAGGGUGGACUUCUGUCCAUGUGAGGAAACAGCUUGCCAUUGGCGUUAAUGAAGUCACCAGGGCUCUGGAAAGGAACGAACUGCUUUUAGUUUUAGUGUGUAAGUCAGCCAAGCCUGCAAUCAUCACCUCACACCUCAUUCAGUUAAGUUUAAGCAGGACGGUUCCUGCUUGUCAGGUUCCCCGUCUCAGUGAGAGAAUUGCACCUGUCAUUGGCUUAAAAUGUGUCCUGGCUUUGGGAUUCAAAAAGAACACCACUGACUUUGUCAAUGAAGUAAAAGCUAUAAUCCCCAGAGUACCCCGUUUAAAUGUACCAUGGCUUCAAGACAGACUUGAAGACUCCAGGGAAACUUCAGAGUCUGAAUCUUUGGAAAACCAAGACAAAGAGAUUUUGGACACUUCCUUUGAAGACCUCUCUAAACAGAGGAAAAAGCCAGCUGAACGUCAGCAGGCUGUAGUGCUACAACCCCUUAAAAUAAAGAAACUGAUUCCAAACCCUAAUAAAAAGAGGAAACCACCCAAAAGUAAAAAAACUAUUUCAAAGUAAUCUUGUGUAACCUUGUCACUUCAUACAAUUGAAAGUGAAACCUUGUAAAAAAAAAAAAAAAACCUUGAAUAAACUGAGUUACUUUUACGUAGAUUCAUGGGAUAUUGGUAAUGUGCCUUUCAAGUGUGUGAGACUUUAGACAGCAGAGAGAUGCUGAAGCUUAAAGACACUUAAGUGCAGAAAACAGAAGUAUAUGUAUCAAAAGUUUAUUGAAAAUGUUUAUACUUGUGUAAGCUCACUUUUUAAAAGGCUGGCACAAUGCUUGUGAGCAAGAACAUCUUUCUCUCAAACUUGGAAAAUGUACCACAAUAAAACAUGGUUCUAGUUAGUAGGGUAGAUGAAACUGGAUUGCGAAUUUGUCAGUAGUUUUAAAGGAAAGAUAUUAAGUGCUAAGUAAUAACAUUGUCUUUAGAAAUAAUACAUCAGUUUUGAUUUCCUGUCGAUUUGACUUUCUUUGGGUAGGUAUAAGCAAGGGCUUGGGAGAAUGGCUUGGUAUUUACAGAAAAAGCCAGAUAAGGUCUUUUGAGUAGUUAGAAUUCACCCUUUUACAUGGUUAACAUUUCCUUGGAAAUUUAACAUGUAUAAAAAGUAUGAUGGUAAUUGGGUGAAGGGAGGCAGGAACAGAAUUAAAACACUGAGGAGCCUGAAUUCUCAGAGAUGGGUCUGCAAUGAUGGGCAUCCUUCAAGUUAGGAAAUGGGGCAUAAGUCAACACUCUGUGUUAAAGUGGUUGCUACUACAGUGUGUGUUUGGAAAAGUUACUUUCUCUAAUUUAGGGGGACAACUUGCCAAGUUUAUUUUCAGCGUAAA